CAAGUAUAACAACUGCUGGGACACCACCCUAGGACAACCCUCAUAUGGCGGCCAGGGUCCGUUUGAUGGGCCGUUGGUAUGAUGCCUGCACCGGCUGGUUUCGUACCUUAGAGAGAAUCCAGGUGUUCAGUUUUUCUUCGUCAUUCCUAAAGCCCCUGAUCUGUUACUUAUAUGUCAAAACAGGGAACGCUGUUUUGUUUCCUCCUAGAAAUUUAGCUAACAAGAAAAUAGGUCUCGUUGAUGGAUGGAUUACUGAUGAAAAAUGUCUGGCCAGAUGGACCGACGUCACGAAUCAGGACAAUAUGACCGUCGUCCACGCUCCAUCUGCUGGAGAUAUCGUUGCCAACUUGAAAAGUGGUGAAAUGGAUGUAGCAUUUUUACCUGCCAUCACAAUGGCGGGCUAUGCAUCUGGAGCCAAUCCCGGGGUUGAAAAAGUCCCUGGGGACGGUUUUUAUUGCACGCUGGCUGGGAAUGGAAUGAUGACACGGAAAGAUAACGACUUCAACUCCCAUUGGAACGUAGGAUUCAGCAAACUGGUCUCCAGUGGGAAGUUUAAGAAAUUAUGUGACGCAGCAGCUACUAAACACGGUUUUCGUGGUCCCGUGGACUGCGUCGACGGCUAACAAUAUCAUUAAGUCCGGAGAUUGAAAAUUAAAAGAGAAAGAAGCCAAUAUUGGAACAAACUUCCUGUCAAAAACAAAACUCAGUUUCAAGUGUUAAUUGGUUUCCAAACGAGAGGAAUACCUUGUUCACAUCUGACGCAAUAUCUACCCUCUCUGAAGCCUUGGGAUUAUCGACCCGUGAACAUUUCUGUUGUUUCAAAUAUGAGAAUGGACUCUUCCUCAAAGUGAACAAUUCAGUUACGUCGUUGACAUAUACAUGUAUAUUGUGUUAUAGGCCUAUUUGCAUAUUUUUUAUUUGCUUCGAUAGUUUCACCGUGUGUACCAUAUAUUCCUCUGCUAUAUCCCAGUAGUAGUUGUUAUACAUCCGUUUAUGUUGCUCUCAGUCUAAACGCCUUAAAUCAAAUGUAGAUAUGUUAUAGUUCUUGGAUAUUUAUAAAAAAGAAUAUACACCAUAUCCAUCUUGUGUUUGUAAGAGGUAUACUCCAACACGUAUUUUUAUUGGUUUAACAUUAGAAUUUAUGUGCACUGUCUAGCAAAAGAAAAUUUAAAUGAGUGCAUUGAUAAUUUUUUAUUUGGUCACCAAUUUUUCCUUUUAUGAAAAUAAUAUUUAUACUUUUCUGUGAUAGAUAGCCAAAUUACAUGCGAUUUGAACAACCCUUUUAUAAACAACAGUAGUUCAAAAAUUGGAUUUUUGUUUUGAUGCCUGGAAUGCCUCCAUCUUGAACUUUUUAUACAAUUAGAACAGAAGUCAGUUUUGAGUCUAUUAUGCAAAAGUUUUACUUUUAAGUAUCUGAAUAACAUAAAUGAUAAUAGAAAUAACCUUUAUUGAAAGGCAAGGUUGAGUAAAUAGCU